AUGAAGGAGUCAUAUCUUCCGAUAUCCCGAGAGAGAGAUCAGACAGAGAGGGAACAGAUGGAGAUCAUCAAAAGCAGAGUGCUCAUUGUAGGGGGGACUGGGUACUUGGGAAAGAGAUUGGUGAAGGCAAGUUUAGGUCAGGGUCAUGAAACAUACGUACUCUAUAGGCCAGAGAUAGGUGUUGAUAUUGAAAAGGUUCAAAUGUUAUUGUCAUUCAAGGGGCAAGGAGCCCAUCUUGUUCAAGGUUCUUUCAAUGAUCAGAAAAGCCUUGUCAAUGCAGUUAAAUUAGUUGAUGUAGUCAUCUGUGCAAUUUCUGGUGUCCAUAUUAGGAGCCACCAAAUCCUCCUCCAACUCAAGCUUGUUGAUGCUAUCAAAGAGGCUGGAAAUGUUAAGAGAUUUUUGCCCUCCGAAUUUGGCACUGAUCCUGCUACCAUGGAGAAUGCUAUGGAACCUGGAAGAAUUACAUUUGACGAUAAAAUGGUUGUUAGGAGAGCAAUUGAAGAUGCUGGGAUUCCUUUUACGUAUGUUUCUGCAAACUGCUUUGCUGGUUACUUUCUUGGAGGUUUGUGUCAACCUGGAUACAUCAUUCCUUCAAGAGAACAUGUAUCCAUACUGGGAGACGGCAAUGAAAAGGCAAUUUAUGUUGAUGAAGAUGACAUAGCCACGUACACUAUCAAGACAAUAGACGACCCUCGGACUCUGAACAAGACAAUGUACAUUAGGCCACCCAAAAACAUACUCUCUCAAAGAGAAGUAGUUCAUAUAUGGGAGCAACUCAUCGGGAAACAGCUGCGUAAAUCUUCAAUUUCCACGGAAGAGUUCCUAGCUUCCAUGAGAGAACAAGAUUAUGCUGAGCAAGUUGGAUUGACACAUUACUACCAUGUUUGUUACAAGGGAUGCCUUACGAAGUUUGAAAUUGGUGAUAAAGGAGAGGACGCUUCGAUGCUUUAUCCAAAAGUCAAGUACACCACAGUGGAGGAGUACAUGAAACGUUACCUAUAA